AUGUCCGCUAACUUCGGACGUCGGCUUUACGCCCAUUUAUGGGAAUCAGCCCAUCCAUUUUUUGGCCGUGUACGACCAAACCGCGUUUCGGUCUUCGACGCCUCCUCGAGGAAGGUUUUCGACUUCGGUGCCACUCCACGGCGAUUAUCAACAUCACCAGGAAAAGGAUCUACUCCAUUGACAAGACGAUUUGCUUCCGGUGGCUUUCUUGUCCUCGUUUCUCCUACUUCUCCUGCAGCAGAAGCUACUGCAGCAUGCAUCAUACCUUCUACAAUAUCGGCUCAACAUCUAUGGAAGCGAGCUAUUCACACAACCAAGAAUGACCAAGUCAACGGAGGCGCUUCCAAUAAUGCCAAGCCCUCGAAGGGCGACGAUAAUGUGCAAUCUGUCGAACAAAAUCCUUCUCCGAAAUCCCACCCAGAAAGUUUGCAUUCUGCGAAACCCUCCAACCGACAUCUAAUGGACCGUUUACCUCAUAUGCCCCAUUUACAUCGACCCACCAAAGAAGAGCUUCUAGCAGCCGCUACAGGAUUCUGGUCCCGGCUUAAAGUGCGCUUCAAGUGGUUUUCAAUCCGAAGCGUUCGGCCCUUUAAUCUGGAUGAAAUAGCGGCUUUAUUCUCUUGGGUUUUACUGGGCCAUGUUGUUUGGGUCGUGCUGGGAACAACAACCUUCUUCUCCCUUUUAAUUCUGGCCAUCAACACGGUCUUUGCGCAAGAAACACUGGCCGGAUGGGUCGGUAACUACCUUACCAAAUCCUCCGGCGUUCAGGUCGUCUUCGAGUCUGCCAUUGUUCCCAAAUGGAAGAAUGGUGUGAUUACUUUCAAGAACGUCUUUGUGUCAAGGAGGCCUGGUCAAGGCACAGGUCAUGUCAGUAAAGGCUCUUCGAAAACUGCCGCUGCUGCCGCCGCUGCCGCAGCCCGUGGUGGUACUGCAUCUGAGGACGCACUGCUUGCAUCUGAAGAAGAAGACACCAACUACACCCAAUUUGAUGUUUCUAUUGAGACUGUCAACGUGACAUUGUCAUUCACUAAGUGGCUCAACGGUAAAGGCCCGUUGCGCGAUGUGGAGGUCAAAGGAAUCCGCGGUGUCAUCGAUCGUCGCCAUGUCUUCUGGCCAGACGAAAUUCUAGAUCCGCAUUCGUACCGACAUGAGCAUCACCCUGGUGACUUCGAAAUUGAUUCGUUCAAGAUGCAUGAUGUGCUGGUGACACUCUACCAACCCGACAACUUUAGACCCUUUUCGAUCAGUAUCUUCUCUUGCGAUCUUCCUAAACUCCGAAAACAGUGGCUAUUCUAUGACUUCAUGUCCGCUAAUAUGAUGUCGGGCUCUUAUGAUAAUUCACUUUUCACCAUUCACCCGCGUCAGACAAAUGGCUUCACGGGAGGCCGAUGGGAGAGUGGAAUGGAGGAAGAUGGGAAGACCACUCCAUGGGAAAAGCAUAGCCGAAUUCGGGUCGAUGGACUCAAUAUUGAUCAUCUGAACCGGGGCGUGGAGGGCCCAUUUUCAUGGAUUCAUGAAGGAACCGUGGAUAUUGUGGCCGAUAUCAUGUUUCCUGCUGAGAAUGACGAGAGUCUGGCCAAGGUGAUGGCUGACUUUUAUGAUCGACUCGAGGCUACCGUGACCUCCAACCAAUUUUCUGAAACCGUGUCCCGACAAAGUGAUAUUCACCCAGAAACCAUUUCUGAUAAUACCGAUAAGCGAUUCUUGAUGAUGGACUUGCGAGUUCAUAUGAACAACGUGCGGGCUGCAGUCCCUAUUUUUACACGAGAUCUCUCUUACAUCAACAAUGCCCUCAUCCGCCCCAUUGUCGCCUAUAUCAAUUCGAAACGCACUUUCAUCCCCAUCAACUGCCGCCUCGUCAAACGCGUGCCUGACUUUGAUGGUAGUUGGACUAUCUACGACAGUGGAUUGAUGGAUGAUCUAUCAGCUGCUACUUACGAUGCCUUUGCUCGAGAUGUCGUGGAUGACCAAGCACGCAUGCGACGAUUCAAAAAAGUUGGAUUCUGGUCCCUUCAAUUAGCUGCGCAGGCCUUGUUUAUGGGGAUGGCAGGCAAUAUUGCAUGA